AUGCGGGCUGCGCCCCUUGCCCUGGCCAUGGUGGCCGCGUGGUCCUCGCCAGUCUAUUCAUCUUCACUGGCCUCAUUUGCUCUGGAUAAGGUGCUUGCCGACGCGACCCCUAUAUUUGGCUCAUAUGUGAAAGAAACAGGAAACAAGGCAGAGUGGAUGAAAAAGUACAAUGAUGACACUCUGCUGAUCCAUAUGAACAUCCCUGGCACCCACGACAGCGCGACAUGGAACUACAGCCAGGCCACUCAGGAUUCUCUUGUGGGAAUCACCGAUCUGAACCAGACCUUCCGCUGUCAAGAGCUGUCUUGGAUCGACAUGCUUAACAUGGGAAUCCGGGCAUUUGACUUGCGCUACGCGUUUGAUCCUACCAACACCACCAUCAUCUUCUAUCACUCUGAGGCUCUACUGUCUGAGAUCGCUACUCUAGAUGAUGUGCUCUUUGGCUUCUACAAAUGGCUCGAUGACCACCCCUCAGAGACCCUGUUUCUGUCUCUCCAGUAUGAGGGAUCAACCGCCAAAUACGCGUCCAACGAUGCAGCACUGCAGCUCAAGCUCUACAACACGCUGACCUCUCCCGUCGCGCGGAAUUACUUUGUUCAAAAGAAGAGCGAACUUGGAACGUUGGGCGAAGCGCGUGGAAAAAUCACCCUGAUGCGCCGUUUCGACCUCGACCAAUUGGCGAGCUCCUACACGACCGAGAUGCCAGGCCUUCACUUCUCCCCAACCCUAUGGACCGAUAAUGAUCCGAAUAUCGCUCUUACAUACAACGAGAGGAAGAAUUUGACCGCUUACAUUGAAGAUUAUUACCAGCCUACAACACCCGCGGGAUCUAAUGCGACCGUGAACAUCCAAUGGAAAUACAAUGCUACAGCAAAUCACAUUGUCAAGGCGACUACCGAGUACCCCGACAGCCUAUUCUGGACCUGGGCAUCAAGUGAAAACACAGACAAUGUACCCCCUGUGUGGCCGCGCAUUAUGGCUAUUGGAAAUGGCACCUUGACUCCCAAGGGAGGCGUUAAUCAGCGCCUUGUACCGGUUUUGAAGAAGCAAAAGGGCAAGCGGGUUGGUAUUGUCAUGUUUGAUUAUUUCGACGUGCCAUCUGACCUUAUCGAUGAAUUUUUGAGUCUGUGA